AGCAACCAGUGCUCUUAUUCCCGGAGUCUUCUCUCCAUCCUCUUGUUGGUUUCAUUUUUGUGGGUGCACUGAACACAUACUGCAGCCAUUUGUUCUGAAAGCUGGAACAGGGUUUAAGAUGCUCCGUGUGAGAUCUGUCUCAGCCCUGGGCCUAGUAUAGCUCACCCAGACCUGUGUGUGCUAGGUUCUCAUUGGUUCCAUCCUGGCAGGACAGGAUCCCACCCACAGCCCUUGGCUUCAGAGAGUUCAAGACAAUGGGAUGUGUGCAGACUGCAUCCCCAAAGGAGCUCCUCCAAGCCCUGGUGAAGCUCUCAGCUAUUUUAAACUAUUUGGUUUCUGGCCCCAGUACAAUUUAGGGGCUUUGGUUUGGUUUUGGCUUGCUUCCUAUAUAGGCCCUAAUCCCAUGAAGCCACUCACAAACUGAAGCAGAAAGCUUACCUCUCACCAUCACUGCCACCAAGUUGGGCAGCAGUGGCCAUACCAGGACCAUCUGGGCUGGGGCACUAGAGAUCCUAGGGCCAAGACUGUGCCUGACCUGUUUUCGAAGGUGCUCAUCUGGCAUUUUUGUCCUUCCCACACGGACUUGCUUCCUGAACUUUCCCACAAUCUGCCAGGCCUCAGAGAUUUGCGCGUCACCUCAUAACCAAGGGCCUAACAGCGGCUACCCAGCUGUUGGAUCCACCUCUCUUCUGGCUCCGCCCCAAUCCUUGCAGCACCGCCCUGCCCACAACUCCGGCCCACCACCAGUUCUGCAGCUAUGGUUGCGCUCAAGGGCAUCCCGAAGGUGCUGUCCCCGGAGCUGCUUUUUGCGCUUGCGCGGAUGGGGCAUGGAGACGAGAUUGGUGAGCUUGUGGAGAGCCGGCAAUGCGGACUUCUUAGCAGGGUUCUUGCAGAUGCAAACUUCCCUACUUCCUCCAUCUGCCAGUGCGGGCCUGUAGAGAUCCGAGCAGAUGGCCUGGACAUCCCACAGCUCCUGGAGGCUGUGCUGGAGCUGCUGCCCCUGGACACCUAUGUGGAAAGCCCGGCUGCUGUCAUGGAACUAGUGCCCAGUGACAAGGAGAGAGGCCUACAGACCCCAAUAUGGAACCAUUAUGAAUCCCUGCUGUUCAAAGCUGACUGCAAGAAAACUCUGAUGAAAAUAGAGAGAUUUGAAUUUUAUGAACGUGCAAAAAAGGCAUUUGCUGUUGUUGCAACUGGGGAGACGGCACUCUAUGGAAACAUCAUCCUCAAGAAGGGGACUCUUGACUGCGGACCCUGAUAGAGACCACAUGAACCCAUUCAUCAAGCCACUCCUUGACAGUACUCAGACCUGGACCCCAGCCUGGGGUUCAAGAGGUUGGCAGAUCUUGAGAGACUCUGCUGACCCUGACAGAGAUUUCCCCCUUCCCUGAUUUGUGAAAUUGAGAGGGGAAGGGAGAGCAGUCACUGUCAAUCUUUAAAGGUUUUGUACUCGGAAACCUGUCUUGUGGUGAGUUUGUGGGAGGCCAUUAGCUUCCAAAUAAGCACCCCCUCCCCAUCCUUGCUGAAUCCUCAGGUGGAAAAUCCACAUGGGGAAUAAAGCCUGGGGCUGGUUUGAGGGCUGGGAGCUGGGCAGGAGCUAGGCCUAGGUAGGGACUUGAGAGCUGGAUAGUGUCUGUGCCUGUGGCCUGGGCCUAGGCAAAGAAAGGGCU